AUGUUGCAGACAGGUUUGAUCACACCUCCAAAGAUGGAAUUUCAACAAUAUAGCACCCACACCUCACCUAGCAGGCAGGCACCUCUGCAGGUCAGCCUUUCCAUUGUAACCCCAAGGACCUUUUUUGAACCAGGAUCUAUCAACCUCGACAGCGAUACAUCACAAAGCUCAGAAGAAGACCAGUACGUCGUUUCAGAAGAAGCAACGAUUCGCGAACCUACAAUUCCAAGGAAAGACCUUGUCCAUCGUUCAUCUAUUCUACCGUCACACAACCAGGUACUUCAGAGAUCUGAGGACAGCAACUGUGAAUACUUGUACUCACUUUAUCCCGGACCACGAUCCAGCGUCUUCCCAGAUUCAGUUACCGCUAUCAUCUGUCACAAUGCAGGUAUAUCUCGUCAAUCCCUUCAAAAUGCAGCCAAUGUGUGGAGUAGAGCUUGCACCGAAAGGAGAGAAAUCCACGUGGCAUUGCUGAAAAAGAAUUUUGGUCUAGUUCUGCCUGCACAGAUCGGAUGUGGUAAUAUGUUAGAGCUUAUUGAUUCAAGUGAACGUGGAAGUUCCAGCAGAAGUGAUGGUUAUCCGAGAUCGGAUUUUGAAGCUUCGGCUUUCAUGGCGUUUAUGCCUAAUCGAGCUUACCCGAUUAUUCAGAAAGCCAACCCUGCAGAUUUGGCUUGCCGAAUGUUACCUGCAGGCUUAGUGCCAGCAGGAGCUCGAUUUGUUGCAGCAUGUUUCUGGUCGUUCUUGUGUGUUAUUGAUGAUUUGACGGAAGAUGGCGAAUGUUCUGAUUGCAUCGACACCGCGAUCACUUCACUUACUUAUCUGACUUCUCUUACACAACUCGAUCAGAACAUCCGUAGCAUCUGGUCUCGAUCCGCACCCGAGAAUCCUACCUUGAAAGAUUGUAAAGUAGUCAUUACAGCAUUUCAUCAUGCCGUGGCGACGAUCGUCCUUCAUCCUUCAUGUCCCGAGAAAGAAGAUUGGAAGCUAGAUUUCUGGCAUGAAGUCGGUACGGUUGUCCGCGCAUUGCAAAGCGAGAAACCUCUUCACGGUCGUAACUUCUCUAUGAAUGAAUGGAUGCGCCUUCGUAUUCUCACCAUCUCAGCCCGCCCAUUCAUGGUUCUUGCUCGCGCAAGCCUUGGCCUGCCAACCAAUCUUGAUGCAGUCACCACUUCACCAAAGAUUAACCAGAUGCAGGUCUUAGUCCAGUCCGUCACAGGUCUUCAAAAUGAUCUUCUCGGCUGGCAAAAAGACCACAUCGAAAAGAACCCGAUGUGUGUCGUUGAAGUUAUGAUUCGUGACGGAAUGCCCCACGACCAAGCAUUCGAGCAAACCCUCACAGCUCACAAUGAUGUCGUACGUGCUCUCCUCAACCUCGCCGAGCUUGGACCGUCCGAUGAGAGCACUGACGGCUGGUCCGGGUAUGUGAGUGUCCUGGUAGGCUUCUGUCAUGCUAUGGCUACCUGGAUGCUAGAAUCGAAGCGAUAUCGAGUUCUAGACGAAAGGAUGCGCGAAGCUGUUUCGAAGAAAACAAUCGAGGCUCGGUUCGCAAAUGGUGCUCGAGAAGAAAAUGAAGUACGACGACAUCAGCGAGAGAGUGACACGGAACCUGGACCUCUCCUGUUCAGUGCGGAGAAAAUGCAAGCUGCUGCUGUUAAUGGUAGAUGUCAACCCUUGUACAACCUCUCCAAAAACGACAAGAUGACAACAGUAGCGAUAACUUAG